GACUCCUCCUCGUUCCCAACGACGCCUUCCCUUCGCGUCUCUCUGUCUCCAAUCCGUCAAGCCUCCUCUCCUUAGCAUUCUACCUCUUGCGGGCGGAUUGGAGUUUCGAACAGAUACCUCCUCUCCUCUCAACCUCCCAUCUCAAAUCUCUCCGUUGGCGAGCUGCAUCAGACCCCGAUCGGACGAAUUCUGGGGAUCUCGGACGGGGUGCUGAUCGAUUCAUGUGACGGGCUGUGAUCGGGCUUUGGUGGGGACUCUGCGCUGCGACGACUACUCCGAACAUGUUGUGCUGUGGCGGUGCCGAGGAGGAGAACUAUGGUCCCCCUGCUAGCCAGUACGCUGCACCCCCAAACCGAAAUGCUCUUGGACAUGACAGAGACCCAAGAGGGCCGAUGGCAGCCAGAAACGGAGCUCCCCCGAAGGUCUUGCCGAUCGAGAUACCUGCCAUAUCGAUAUCCGAACUAAAUCGCUUGACGAAUAAUUUCAGCGAUAAGGCUUUGGUCGGAGAAGGAUCAUAUGGAAGGGUCUUUCGUGUCACUCUCAGCACCGGAGAACCUGCCGCAAUAAAGAAACUAGACCCGAGUGCCUCCAAUGAGCCAGAUACUGACUUUGCUGCUCAGUUGUCGAUGGUUUCAAGACUCAAGAAUGAAUUCUUCGUCGAGCUGUUGGGCUAUUGUUUGGAUGCAAAUCAUAGAAUUCUGGUGUAUCAGUUUGCAACAAAAGGUUCUUUACAUGAUGUUCUACAUGGGAAGAAAGGUGUGCAAGGUGCUGAACCUGGUCCUGUUCUUAGCUGGAGCCAGAGGGUCAAGAUCGCUUAUGGUGCUGCAAGGGGUCUGGAGUAUCUCCAUGAAAAAAUCCAACCCCCGAUCGUCCAUAGGGAUGUCCGAUCGAGCAAUGUUCUUUUGUUCGAUGAUUUUGCUUCCAAAAUUGCUGAUUUUAAUCUGACCAACCAGUCUCCAGACACAGCCGCGCGUCUACAUUCGACUCGAGUUUUAGGAACUUUCGGAUAUCAUGCUCCAGAGUAUGCUAUGACCGGGCAAUUGACCCAGAAAAGUGAUGUCUAUAGCUUUGGAGUCAUUCUUUUAGAGCUUCUAACAGGGAGAAAGCCUGUAGACCACACAAUGCCUAAAGGCCAGCAGAGUCUGGUCACUUGGGCAACUCCAAGGUUAAGCGAAGACAAGGUUAAGCAGUGUGUCGAUCCGAAGCUAAACGAUGAGUAUCCACCAAAGGCUGUUGCAAAGCUGGCAGCAGUUGCGGCACUGUGUGUGCAAUACGAAUCUGAUUUCCGACCUAAUAUGACCAUCGUUGUCAAGGCCCUUCAGCCACUCCUCAACGCAAAACCAGGGCAAGAACAACAUAAUUGACCUUGGAGCGAUUCCGGUUGCUCCCUAUCUAUAACUAGUUUGCUUCCCCAUUUUGUGUCUGUCAGCCGAAUUUUAUGACUGGAACUAGUAAUGUGUCAGCAUCUGUUGUAGUUUGACUUGAUAUAUUGGAAUGAACUAGAACAUUUCUUGUGGAACCAAUCUUUCGAAUGAGAAAGGAGUGUGUAAUGCCAUUUCCAAUGCAAUCUUCUUUUAAAUCG